UCCAUAGCGUUCGUAGUUGUCAAGAGAGAGGUAUGCUUCGGAGGUUCCCUCUGUCGCCGUUAUCUCCGCCGUCAAUAUUCGUAGAUGCGGUCGCCAGGCUCCGGCAAAUGAGGAGCCGUGUUAGCUCUCAGUCGUUCGGAGACCGACGAAAGGCAAGCAUCGAUUCAUCAAGCUUGUUCCUGGCGCACCUGAAGCUACGCUGGUGUGUCGGUAAAGCGGUACGCCUUCCGAGAUUGGCCGUCAUCCCUAGUUGCAUAGGCUGACAGUUUCAAACUGCCGGUGAAGAGUACUACAGAUUCCGUGGUUUCUGGAUCUAGAAGGAUAUAACUUUGUUUCUCAUGGAACUUAUACUGGUGAUCACGGCGUGCAAUUAAUGUGCUUCGGAUUUUUAAUUAGGACUGUUUAGUAAAUUAUUAUUUCUUCGGAUGAACGUGCGCGGUUAACAUUGUUCGCCCCCUUACCCCGAAAAAGCAUCACCUUUGACUUGGUUUUUAUUGUAUGCCAGUUUCUGUGUUCCUGAGAGGAUCAACGAUGUACUAAUUGCAAACGUCUAGACCACUUGGGAUUCCUGGAGGGUCGCUCAUCACAGAUGCGUCAAAACAGUCGCUACACAUCCGCAGCAUAAAAGACCUGAUUGAUGUCCUCGAUGGCUGGAGCAACCUCAUGGUUCCAUCUUAAUGUACGGAAUAGGAGGCUCUAAACCACGAACCGUGGACAGCUCCAGGAAAUUCCACCUCUUUAUUCUUAACAGAAGCCAGAGUGACCUGACCCUUGACCUGAUGACGGUCUCACGUGAGGGAUCGGAGGUGUUCGGCGCCGAGAUGCAGGAGCGUGUCAAUCAGAGCGUUGUAUACAGUGGUAUACGGGAGAGCGAUGGGUACGAGAACUUCUACGUACAAGCCCGCUUUGUAACGGGGCUGAUAUGCUAUCCCAUCGUGUGUGCAUUUGGAUUGGUUGGAAAUGUUCUCAGUAUUAUCGUCAUGUGCCAGAAACAAAUGACGUCAUCAACAAAUGUGUACCUUCUCGCCUUAGCUAUUUCUGAUUGUAUCAAACUCAUCAGUGACUUUCUAUACUUUAUGGUGAUUUUGUUAUUGGAAAUCGACUUCCCCAGAGGAAACAGGGCGUUUGGGUUUUUAUAUCCCUACGCGCACUAUAUUUUUAACUCAUCGCUGUGUAUAUCGGCGUGGCUGACAGUGUCUGUGGCGGUGGAGCGAUACAUUUAUGUCUGUCACCCGACCAAAGUGAAGCACUACUGUGGUAUAUCACGAGCCAGGACUAUUUCCACGUCAGUGUUCCUCAUCAUGAGUCUUCUGGCUAUUCCAUACGCCAUGCGUUACCGGACAGUCGAGCAAUACAACAAUACGACAUCCCACCAUUACUACGAUCUACAGGUAUCCGACCUGUGGAUGAACGAUACAUUUUCAACGACGUAUAUAUGGCUCCAGAACUUUCUGCGUUCAAUCAUACCGUUAUGUAUUCUCAUAAUCCUUAACACUUGUAUUAUCUACGGAAUGAGACGAUGCCGGAUCGGCAGGUCAAAGUCGAGCAGACGACACCGCAUCACCGUCAUGUUGAUUGUCGUCAUCAUCGUGUUUCUCGUCUGCAUCACCCCGGAUGCCAUCAUGUCGACAUUCUUCGGCAUCGGAUAUUAUGAAGAGAAGUUCCUGCAACGAGGCGUCAGGGAGAUCACGGACUUGCUACUUCUUGUCAAUUCGGCUUGUAAUUUUAUCAUUUAUUGCAUAUUUAACACCAUAUUUUGGAGGAACUUUGUGUAUUUAUUCUGUAGACCUUGUUGUGGUCCAACAGUUCAAAUGGAAGAGUCACAAAUACGACGGUUGUCACUGGUGGGUCGACCACGCCCAUCCUUGCACGUGCGAAUAGGAAGCCGGAAGUUCAAAGACGGUCUUCUGUCAGAAGUCUGACACCUGUGAAAUACACGUCAGUGGAUCAUUCUUCCGGUUGUUUAUGAUCAUGUUUACUGAACAUGACAGCACAUAGCCAACAAACUAGCUGUUGUCAGGAUUGGCCAACGAUUUGUGCUGAGUAAUCUGUGUGUGAUCAGGGUAUGUCUACCUGAACUUCACGAAACGGUGAUCUAGUGUUGAUGCAAUGUCAGCGUAUGAAUGCUUUACGUGAGACCAACCACAAAGAAAUCUCCGAGUGGCAAUUUUAUGAACCAAUGUCGUGACUUCGCUAUUGCUCAACGAUCGUACUUCCUACUUGAGAUUGAUUUCACGUCGUUUGUUCAAAAGUAAUUCCCUUGAUAAUUUCAAUGUUUUUCUUUACACUGAAGCGUUGAGCCGAGCAACAUACACAUACGAAACUGUUUGUUGUGAGGAUGUGUGUCCCUGUUGCACAGACCAAGCUGCUCAACAAUCUCAGACCAUUCAUUCUAUGUGUGAUACAGCAACUGUGAUACACCCUCGAAAGUUUACAUUUUAUAUGAAAUUUGUAUAUAUUGUUCCGGGCUUCUUUGUACAUGUCAUGUUGGAUGUCAUCCCCCACUGCCUACGGAAUGUUUAUGGCGUCUUCACUUGGGCAUGUCUUACCUGCUACGAUUUAUAACCGCUCAAUAAUCAGUUAUCAACUGGUUAUGUGAAUUUGAUGGUGCACUAUGUAUUUUAAGGGAACCAUAAAUAUAACACUAUCUAACGAAUCGGUAUUUCAUGGAAUUCUUCCAUGAAAUUGGACGUACAUCCUCUAGUAAUGCUACCUCCAAAAUGAACCAAUAGCAUUGAAGACCCCUCACAAUGCAUAAGCUCAUUGGUUGAUUUUGGAGGUACAAUCAUUUUGCUGUGCUCAAAUGAACGUGGGCGUUAUUUUGUUGAUAGGAAAAUAUCGUUUGAAAAUCGAAGCUCGACUAAAAAAUUCUUGAUGUUUGUAACAUUCCUGUAACUAAAACGCAUCAUUUCAUCUUCACGUAUCCAUUAAUCAUUCAAUAACUCUAACAACUGGAAAGAAGUCAUGGAUUCAUUUGUAAUGGCUCAUUGUACCUGAGACUGCUGCUUAGCUUAUGUAUUUGUUUUCUACUGACGCUUGCCUUAGUGCUGUACUGCCUGUGUUACAGGGGACAAUCAAAACUCUUGUUAAGGGAAGUGUACCAUAUGUUCAUUCUUGUGUAAAUAAACUGAUAUUGUCAACGUUUAAA